AUGGUCCUCUCCCUCACCAAAGCCGCGCUGGCCGCGCUGUCGCUAUGCGGUCUUGCUCAGGCCUCGCCGUUGCCGGCUGCCCAGACGGAGGUCCAGGCCCGGCAGUCCUCGGGGUACAAGAACAUGGUGUACUUUACCAACUGGGGUAUCUACGGCCGCAACUACCAGCCUGCUCAACUGCCGGCAUCCCAGCUCACCCACAUUCUCUACUCCUUUGCCAACCUCCAGUCUUCCGGCCAGGUCGUCCUGUCUGACACCUACGCCGACCUCGAGAAGCACUACCCUGAUGACUCCUGGAACGACGUAGGCAACAACGUCUACGGCUGCGCGAAACAACUCUUCCUCCUCAAAAAAUCCAACCGCCAACUCAAAACCCUCCUCUCCAUCGGCGGCUGGACCUACUCGACCACCUUCCCAGCCGCCGCAAGCACCGACGCCACCCGCGCCCUCUUCGCCUCCUCGGCCGUCCGCCUCCUCGCCGACCUCGGCUUCGACGGCAUCGACAUCGACUGGGAAUACCCCUCCGACUCCACCCAAGGCGCCAACUUCGUCGCCCUCCUCAAGGCCGUCCGCUCCGCCCUCGACGACUACGCCUCCCAGCACGCUCCGGGCCACCACUUCCUCCUCACCAUCGCCACGCCCGCCGGUCCCGCCAACUACGCCAACUACCGCUUCCCCGAGAUCGCCGCCCUCGUCGACUCCUUCAACCUCAUGGCCUACGACUACGCCGGCAGCUGGUCCAACGUCUCUUCCCACCAGGCCAACAUCUACCCCUCCUCUUCCGCGCCAGACACCACGCCGUACUCCACCGACAAGGCAGUAAGCGAUUACAUCGCCGCGGGCGUCCCCGCAUCCAAAAUCGUCCUCGGCAUGCCCAUCUACGGCCGGUCGUUCGAAGCCACGGGCGGGCUGGGCAAGACUUACACGGGCAUUGGGACAGGCACCUGGGAAGCGGGCGUGUGGGAUUACAAGGACCUGCCGAAGUCCGGAGCCACGGUGCAGGUGGAUAGCGCGGCGGGGGCGUCGUAUAGCUAUGAUGCGGCGAGUCAGGAGCUGAUUAGUUUUGAUACGCCCGAGAUGAUUGGGACCAAGGUGGCGUAUUUGAAGCAGAAGGGGCUGGGCGGGAGUAUGUUUUGGGAGGCGUCGGCGGAUAAGCAGGGCGGGGAUAGCUUGAUUGGGACGAGCUUUGGGGCGUUGGGGGGCGUGGAGGCGGAGCAGAAUUGGUUGGAUUAUCCGGAUAGUCAGUAUGAUAAUCUGAAGAAGCAGUUUGCCUAG